GUGAACAAGAGAGAGAAGAGGCGUUCUCUAACAGAAAGGGGUAGAGGAGAGGAGAGCAAAAUAGUUGUUUUCUAUCUCCGUGGAUCUCACACUUGUUGUUUCACCACAAGAGAGGGAAUAUUUUUUUUAUUUUUCUUCUGUUCAUGUUAUCACCACUGAUCAUACAGAAUAAAAACCUUGUGAAACUGGGGUUUUCUUCAAUCUGAACUCAACAGUAAAACAGAUUUAAUCUUAGACUGAUUCUUCUUGUGGGACUAGUUUUAUUAGGAUCCUACAAGUUGUCUGGUGUGGAUAUAAUACCAGUCUGUCUCUGAGAUGGGGUCCAGAACUCUUCUACUUGUUCUGGGUCUUCAUUUCACUCUUCUGGGGAACCUAGAGGCCAGAGAUUGCGGCCUGGGCUUCACAGCCAAGGGUCAACAAUGUGUUGAUAGAGAUGAGUGUAAAGAGUGGGACAGUAACCCACCCUGUGGAAGUAAAGCUGCAUGUUACAACACACAGGGGAGCUUCUACUGUCAGUGUCAACCUGGGUUCAGAUCCACAACAUCUUUCAAGUUUACUCCUUUCGCUGGGGACUGUAAGGACAUCGAUGAGUGCCAAUAUACACCUCAGGUUUGUGGCAGCAAUGCCAUUUGCCUCAACACCAUUGGGAGCUACCACUGCCGGUGUCAACCUGGGUUCAGAUUCUCUAAUCACACUGGGAAGUACUGAUGUAAAGUCCAAUAUCCAGUUUUCUGAUGAGUUGACCAAUGAUUUUGUCACGUCUGCUCCUGCUCCCCCUCUCUGACGCUCGAGGUUGCCAGGCGACUCAUCAUUACUCACACCUCUCACCAUCGUUACGCGUCCCAGCGCUUCAUCGGACUCACCUGGACUCCAUCACGUCAUUGAUUAUCUACCCUAUAUCUGUCACCCCCUCAAGUUAAUUUUUCGUGUCUCCAUUGAUGUUGUUUUGUUUCUCCUGUCCAGACGCUCUUCCUGUUUUUCAUGUCUAUUAAUCCAUUAAAUAUUCAUUCCCUGUACUUACUUCUCGUCUCCCAGCGUCUGGCAUCACAGAGCCAUUACAGAUUGUGUACAUUUCCUUUUUAAAGACUUGCUGAAGCAUUUGACUUAGGAUAACAGUUAGUGAGACUGUAGUUAUAUACAGUAUAAAGAUACCUGGAUCCGGCUGUUUUUUCAUUUGUUUUUAUUUAAAUUUAACCUUUAUUUGACUAGACAAGUCAGUUAAAAACAAAAUGUUAUUUCCAAUGAUGCCCUAGGAACAGUGGGUUAACUGCCUUGUUCAGGGGCAGAACAACAUAUAUAUUUUCUUUCAGCUCCGGAGAUUCGAUCUAGCAACCAUUCGGUUAUUGUCCCAAUGCUCUAACCACUAGGCUACAUGCCACCCCUUAGGAUACCUAUCUCCUCUCUUGGGUAGGGGGUAGUAUUUUCACCUCCUGAUGAAAAGCAUGCCAAAGUAAAUUGCCUGUUACAUAAUCCCAGAAUUUAGGAUAUGCAUAUAAUUAGUAGAUUUGGAUAGAAAACACUCUAAAGUUUCCAAAACUGUUAAAAUAAUAUGCCUGUGAUUAUAACAGCACUGAUAUGGCAGGUGAAAACCUGAGAAAAAUCCAUCCAGGAAGUGGAAUUGUUUUCAUGUGGUUUUUCAUUUAAAUAGUUUGUCUGGUUUCAGGCUUUUAUUUUGAAAAACGACGUGUUAAAAGCCAUUUCAACAGUUUUAACCUCUUGAAACUCCCCAUCCCGGAUCCGGGAUCGUGACUAAAGCCUCAGGCUCAUUAGCAUAACGCAACGUUAACGAUUUCUGAAAAUCGCAAAUAAAAUUAAAAUAAUGCGUUUGCUCUCAAGCUUAGCCUUUUCUUAACAACACUGUCAUCUCAGAUUUUCAAAAUAUGCUUUUGAACCAUAGAAAUGGACUAAUUUGUGUAAGUGUAUGCAAAGCUAGCAUAGCAUUUUGUGUAGCAUGUAGCACGCAACAUUUUCACAAAAGCCAGAUAACCAAAUAAAUAAAAUCAUUUACCUUUGAAGAGCUUCUGAUGUUUUCAAUGAGGAGACUCUCAGUCACAUGCCAAAUGCGCAGUGUUUCCUUAAAGCGUCUGUGUGUAGGAGAAAUCGUUCCGUUUUCUACAUUGCGCCUGGCUACUGAAACGAACCGAAAAUGCAGUCACCUACAACGUAAAACUUUUUCCGGAUUAACUACAUAAUAUCCACCGAAACAUGGCAAACGUUGUUUGGAAUCAGUCCUCAAGGUGUUUUUUCACAUAUCUCUUCAUUGACAUGCAGUUCGUGGAAGCUUGCUUUCCUCUCUGUAUUCCUUGGAAAAAUACUGGCAGGUGACUUUUGCGCACCAAUUUCGGCGCAGGACACCGGGCGGACACGUGGUAAAUGUGGUCUCUUAUGGUCAAUCUUCCAAUGAUCUGCCUACAAAUACGUCACAAUGCUGCAGACACCUUGGGGAAACGACAGAGAGGGUUGAUUCAUUCCUCUUGCGUUCACAGCCAUAUAAGGAGAUCAUGACAAACAGAGCCUCAAAAAUCCUUGUCAUUUCCUGGAUGCCAUCUCAUCUUGGUUUUGCCUGAAGCUCACGUUAAAGGGCACGCACAGAGAAGAUCUUUGUAUUUCUGGACACGUCAGGGUGUUUUCUUUCGAACAGUAGCAAUUAUAUGCAUAGUCGAGCAUCUUUUUGUGACAAAAUAUCUUGUUUAAAACGGGAACGUUUUUCAUCCAAAAAUGAAAUUGCGCCCCUAGAGUUCCAAGAAGUUAACAAUAGUUAUCACAAUGUCAUACAAGGAGGGAAAAUGUUGCUGUCUGAAGAGGUAGCAUUGAAUUGUACACAGCAUCUCCUCUCACUCAGGUGACUGUGACCUCCUCCUCAGACCAAUUGACAGUACGCCCAGAACAUUGUUCUGGGAACCAAAAUGAGUAUCUCAGUUUCAAGGUCCCAGAUUUGAGAGAAGAACCCUUGCUAGUUAUCAGUCAGUCAGUCACUUGCAGGAACCAACGUUGCAUAAUGAAACAUGUAAAUCAUGCUUAUAUGAAUUGUGUGGAUAGCCGUAUAUUAGAGAACUAACGGGACUGUCCCGGCAGAGCUCCUGACCGAUGUGAACUAUGCAUGGUGUUUGUUGGAACCUCUCCAGCUUGCUGAUAAUAAAGAAUGAUUCAUUUAAGUUUGA